AUGGCCGACAAGAUGGACAUGUCCCUGGACGACAUCAUCAAGCUCAACCGGAGCCAGCGCGGCGGCCGCGGCGGCGGCCGGGGGCGCGGCCGGGCCGGCGCGCAGGGCGGCCGGGGCGGCGGCGGCGGCGGCGCGCAGGCGGCGGCGGCGCGGAUCGGCCGAGGCGGCGGGCCCCUGCGGAACCGGGCGGCCCUGGCGCGCGGCGCGGCGGGCGGCGGCGGCGGCAGGAACCGGCCUGCGCCCUACAGCCGGCCCAAGCAGCUCCCGGACAAGUGGCAGCACGACCUGUUCGACAGCGGCUUCGGGGGCGGCGCCGGCGUGGAGACGGGCGGCAAGCUGCUGGUGUCCAACCUGGACUUCGGCGUGUCGGACGCGGACAUCCAGGAGCUGUUCGCCGAGUUCGGGACGCUCAAGAAGGCGGCCGUCCACUACGACCGCUCGGGCCGCAGCCUGGGCACGGCCGACGUGCACUUCGAGCGGAAGGCGGACGCCCUGAAGGCCAUGAAGCAGUACAACGGGGUGCCCCUGGACGGCCGCCCCAUGAACAUUCAGCUCGUCACGUCACAGAUCGACACACAGCGGAGACCUGCACAGAGCGUGAACAGAGGCGGGAUGACUAGAAACCGCGGUGCUGGGGCCUUCGGCGGCGGCGGGAUGGUCCGGAGAGGCGUCCGCGGGGGCAGCCGGGGCCGGGGACGAGGCACAGGCCGGAGUUCCAAGCAGCAGCUUUCCGCAGAGGAGCUAGACGCUCAGCUGGACGCCUACAACGCCAGGAUGGACACCAGCUAAGCGCUGGCCGCUGCGUGCAGAUCGGAUCGGACGUCCUGUCCCACAGAGCUUCUGGGGAGGGCCACAUGGGGCUGCGCGGCUGCCGAGGGCUCUGUUUCUUUUUCUGUUUUAAAAUAGGGUUUUAAAACUCAUGUAAAGUUUGUUCCCCCCCUGCCUUUUUUUUUAAUUCUGAAGCAAACCCGUUUUGUACUGAGUUAUUUUGGGAUAAACCUUACUGUUGCUGUUGUGGAAAAGGUGGCAUUUCCACCUUGGCCAUAAUAAACUAGAAGUAUGUGUCGCA